AUUUCUUUUUUAAAGAGAUCCGAUGUUGUAAUCUUACUCUCGCCUUAAAAUUAAAUUAAUAAUUAAGGGUUCCUACAGACGAGCGACUUUGUAGCGCCACAAUCGAAAGCGCCGAAAUCCGUUCAUACGGAGUUACGGAGAAAAGUGUCGCGAAUUUCGCUACAAAUGCUGUAAAGCGUUUAAUUGACCAAUUAGAAAAAAGAAUUUUACAAAUUGAUCAGUCAAAAAUUGCUGUAAAGCAUUUGUAGCAUCGCGUUGAUCCUCACAGUCGUUCGUCUGUAAGAGCCCUAAAGUGAACAAACCAUUUAUUCAAAUGCGAAUUCAAAUGUCUUUCUUGCCGGUUUCGAUUGUGCAAUUGCAUUACACAUUACACACUUAUAUGAUGCAUUCGGGGAGAUCAUUCUAUCUUCGUUGUUUAUUAGGCGUAAAACAAAGAUAGAAUGAGAGACACAAAUAGCGCUAAUAGCGUCUCCUCAAACGCACCUAUAGUCUCUUCAUUCAUCUGAACAUGCGUUCGUGCGAUGCGGAAGUGUCGUAAUUGCAGUGUCUGAAGGCGCUUCGCCAAAUCGCCAUUUCUAUUUUGAUUGUAUCAUCCUGAUCAUCCUUUUGUUACAUUUGCCCGAUUCGAGGUUCGAGGUGGCCGAUGCAUUGCAUUCUGAGAUUUUACGAUUUAUUCAAUUUCGAAAAUCAUCCAGUGGUCCAGCACCAAUCAGUCAGGUUGCAGAGCCAAUAAUAAGAAGGAAGAAAGAAGUCUUUCUAAGCAUUGAUUUACUUCCGAUACGGCAAGUUCAUCAAACAAAACAGUCAACGAGACGCCGCAAGAGAAUUGUACUUGAAUAGAAUUGAGAUUGUUGCAAUCAUGUUACAAAGCAAAUUACGUCAGAUAAUACUAGAAUAUACGGAUUAUUUUCUGUCGCUCGUAGAGAAGUGUAUGGAAUGGAGUCUACCUGAACAGAAUAUCGAAGAUGAAAAAGAAUCGGGAAAAAUGAAACUUGUGAAACCAUUGCCUUGGUUCUUAUUCUUGCCGUGCUUAAUGAUGUUAAGUUUAAUCAGAAUGAUAGUUAAUAUAGAUGCUUUCAUAUCCAAAAAUCCUAAAAUCAAGUUAAGUGAAAUGAUAAAAUUCGUGCAAAAAUAUCGGAGAUAUCUGCAUGAUGCAAUGAAGAAAGAUAAAAAAGAGAAGUGUAAGCUCAAGGUAACGACAUCCAAAGAAAAGUUGGAAGAAAAGCCGAAAGAAAGGUCGGAAGAAAAGUCAAUAGUAGAAUCAAUCGAUUCUACGACACCAUCAAAACAUUCAAUGAGCGAAUCGGAGGACAAGAAGGAGGAGGAGAAAGAGGAGGAGAAGGAGGAGGAGAAGGAGGAGGAGAAGGAAAAAGAAGAGACGGAAGAAACUCUGAUUGAGAAGAUUAAUCGACUCGCUUUGGAAAAUAGCGAGGACGAUGAAGAUUUUAAGCCAGAAUAUUUGACGAGCGAUAUGAGCAGCAACGAUGAGAACAGCAACGAUGAGAACAGCAACGUGUCUUCGAAUGAGAUUUAUGACAUCAAAGACAAGUUCAAUGAAAAGAUCAUCGAGCACUUUGUGAAUGACGAGCGAACUUUCACGUUGGCUUCUAACCAGAAACUCGUCGAGUCGACUUGCGAAAAGAGAUCGUCGGCCAAGGAGAGCUGCGAUAAGGUAGAAGAGCACUUCGCGACUUUGCAGCAUAUCGAUUCGUUAGAGUGUUGUACAUCCGACAGAUCUAGUCAAGAAGACAAUCCUAGCUUCUAUUCGCCAGUCAGCUCUGAUUCGGAUAAUGACACCAAAGGACCGGAAAUCGGUGUCGAUCGCCAAACCUAAGUGAUUCUCCACGCGUCUGCAUCUACGAUCUCUCGACUAGAGCUGGCUCCAGAGCUGGCUUUUCUCUACCUAAUAUUAUUCCUGCGCUUGUGUCUUCACCGCAUGUGAAUUCGCUUUCGUUACAUUGCUUUCAAGUAACAUUUAAUUGAGCUAUUCCUUCAUUUAAACACAUAUAAUAAGUUAAAUUUUGCAUUGAUGGAUUGUUACUUAAUAAUUUUAAUUAAUGUGUGAGUGAUUAUUAUUGACGAUUAAAUCAUAAAAAUCAUAUGGAAUAGACAUCUACAAUCUACGAGACUGCUUGUUUUACUGCUUGUUUGUAUUAUUAGGGUGCGUCCAGAUUAUAUCGAGCUGCAACUCGAACCUCAAGCCGCAAGCAUUUCGGUAAACAUUAUUGUUACGCGACUUGGCAAAAAAACAAUCGAGGUUUGAAUCGAGUUUCAGUUCGAUAGUCUGGCCACAGAUAGAUAAUCACUCUUAUAUUUAUGAUACACGUGUGUUUUAUAUAUAUU